GGUGUGCUGGAUUGGUGCUGCGCCUGCCCCUCUGUGUCUGCACAGGCUGUCACAGAAGAGGGGAGGGAAGCUCAUGUGAGAGAGGGGAGGAGGUUGAUCAGGAUGACGAGGUGAAAAUGGCGGAUCUUUCGAAAUACAAUUCCGGCCCCUGACAUUCCGGGAGAGUCUGCUGGAAAACCCAGAGCACCCUGUAUUCAUAUACACAGCUAAACCGGCGGUACAAGCACCCAAUACACCACCAGCAAACUUCCCCCUGCUUCGCUCUUUGUAUGCAGCAUAUGUGCCGGGCUCGAUCCAUUGAGAGUAGAGUCUGAUCCCCACCCGGUAUAGACAUUGCGUUGUUUACCGGGGAAGCGCAACACCCGGUAGUACUAUACGAGCGUGAUAGUGUGACGAGCUGCUGACAAGCAUCUAGUUUCUCCAUUAAAGUCGUAGAAUGGAUGUGGUGUCUGCAGAAGUCAACAAUGUCCUUCCUGAUGAAAUCAUGGAAACAGAAGUAUCUAUGGCAGAUGAUGAUAGCAUUGAAGCCAUCACUGUCACCUCUCCCAUGAUGCAGGAUGUCCCAAUGGAAACCGACAUGGAUGAAAUUGUGGAAGUUAACAGCAGUGGAGAGUGUGUGACAUCAUCAUUGGCCAAAGAAGGACUUAUAUCAACUGGAAACCAUGCAAGUCACUUGGCAGUAGUAAGUGUUUCUUCCAAACCAGACUCGGGACCUUCGACAGCUGCUAUUAAAACUGUUUACCAGAGUGGCUUGCACAAAUUAGGUACACCAGUAUCUGGACAAGUCAUCCUGAAUAAAAUUCCUCAGGUGUCCGAGUUUCCUCCUGGCAGCCGUGUCAUGAAACAGGAAGGUCAAAAACUAAUUGUGACAACUCUUGGCAAACCCAACCAGCCCUUUGUCCUCACACUUCCACAGAGCCAGCUCUCCAAUACACAGAAGACUGCUGCUCACAUACAGCAUUUGGAUUCUAAAGGCACACCACAACAAAUAAAAUUGGUCACCAUUGGAGGAAGUAGGACAGACGUGAAGCCUGUUCUUGGUGUUUCUUCAUUAACCCCUGCUCAGCUUAUUGGGCAGUCUGCCAAGUCCACUGUGAUGCAGACCCAGCAAAUCCAGACUAUGCAGAUAGCCAAGAAAGGUCCUGCCUCAUCUUCUGGAGCUGUCAUUACUAAACUGAUCAUCGCAAAGCCGUUAACUAGCAAACCUCUCGCCACAGGACAGACUACCCAAGUGUCAUCUGCUUUUUCAGGCAAGGUGGUUUCUCACACCAAUCCUGGAACGCCAAACAAAGCAAUCAAAAUUUCUGAAAGUGUAGUCGUUGGAACUUCUUUAGGCACCACAGCACAAACUUCAAAUAAAAUUGCUAUAUCGCCAUUGAAAUCUCCUCCCAGCAAGGUGACAGUGGUGUCUGUUGCCCCUCAGCCCCAAAACUCCCCCCAGAAGGCUGCCGUUGGGGUUCCCAUUAGUGUGGCUCUCGGACAGCAGCUACUGACCGUACAACAGACAACUCCCUCUUCUCCUGCCAAAGCCAUUGCUAAUAGCACAACUGCAAAGGGUGUAAAACCAGGAGUUCAAACAAUAUCUGUGGGAGGGGUCAGUACCCCACAAUUUAAAACCAUCAUCCCUCUUGCAGCUGCUCCAAAUGUUCAACAGAUCCAGGUUCCUGGAAGCAAGUUUCAUUAUGUCCGGCUUGUUACCGCCUCUACAGCCAACACCACCACCCCCUCCAGUCAGAAUCCCAGCACCAGCACGCAACCUCUUCAUCAAGCCAAGCCAGUGGUUGUUAACGCUACCAAUAUACGGAUGUCUGUUCCUCUAGUCUCAGCGCAGACUGUGAAACAAGUGGCUCCCAAGCCAUUGAAUUCAACAUCACAGAUUGUUACAACCAGUCAACCACAGCAGCGGCUACUAAUGCCAGCUACCCCACUGGCACAAAUUCAGCCCAACCUCACCAACCUUCCUCCAGGUACUGUGUUGGCCCCUGCUCCGGGAACAGGAAAUGUGGGUUAUGCUGUCCUCCCUGGUCAUUAUGUCACUCAGCUGCAGCAGUCCUCCUAUGUGUCCAUUGCAAGCAAUGCAGGGUUACCUGGAACAACCAGUUCACAGAACCAGCCCAGGGUGCCAAUGAAUGGAAUGAUUUCUUCAGAAUCAACAAGUCGGCCAAGGAAACCAUGUAACUGUACAAAGUCGUUAUGUUUGAAACUGUACUGUGACUGCUUUGCAAAUGGAGAGUUCUGUAACAACUGCAAUUGUACAAACUGUUACAACAACCUUGAGCAUGAGAACGAGAGGCAGAAAGCAAUUAAAGCAUGCCUAGAUAGAAACCCAGAAGCGUUUAAACCGAAAAUUGGAAAAGGCAAAGAAGGUGAAUCAGACAGGCGACACAGUAAAGGUUGCAACUGCAAAAGAUCGGGGUGUCUUAAAAAUUAUUGUGAAUGCUAUGAGGCAAAGAUCAUGUGUUCGUCAAUAUGCAAAUGUAUAGGCUGUAAAAACUUUGAAGAGAGCCCUGAACGGAAAACUUUAAUGCACCUAGCAGAUGCAGCAGAAGUAAGAGUCCAGCAACAAACUGCAGCCAAGACUAAGCUUUCUUCACAGAUAUCAGACUUGCUUACAAGGCCAGCCCCGUCCCUUGGCAGUGGAGGUGGAAAGCUUCCUUUCACAUUCAUCACAAAAGAAGUUGCAGAAGCCACUUGUGUGUGCCUGCUGGCUCAAGCCGAGCAAGCAGAGAAGCAGUCCAAAUCAAAGGCAGCCACUGAGAGGAUGAUCCUGGAGGAGUUUGGUCGUUGUCUAAUGAGGGUGAUUAAUUCUGCUGGAAAAGCAAAAAGUGACCAUUGUCCAAUGAGUUGCUAACUGUGACAUAUAAGAAGAGAACAAUUUUUACCUAAUGUGGUGGCGGAGUGGCUGGGGAAGUGAAAAAAUACACAGGAGAUCACUGCCAGAGAUGACACUGCCCUUUAUUCUUCAUCCAAGGAGUGUUACAGAAUUCCAAAAUGGUGCUGGUUUUAAAGUGACUGUCUACAUUGUACAUUGAGGCAGAAUAAAAUUUUAUGGGGAAAAA